AUGGUAGUUCAUGAUCAUGAUGUUAGUCGUUUUGCUGAUCGAAGUCGAGAACUUUGGUCCGAACGAACAAUGUCUGAAGUACAGUAUGCACAGAAUAAUUCUUUUCGUUGUUGUGGAAGCUGUCCAUUAGCAUCAUUAGUUGCAUUUCUUUUAACAUUAAUUGGUACAGGUGUUUGUUGUGGUUGUCUUUAUUAUCCGAUUCAAGCAACAAUUGAACGAGUUAAUAAUGUAUUUGAAACUGAAUAUAUUGAUUAUGAUUGGAUUCGAAUUUUACGUUUAGCUAUUAUUUUUGUUUUGGCUAUAAUGGGAAGUUUUUCAUUGAUUUUAUUUAUUGUUGGAUCAUUAGCUACAGGUGCUACACGCCAUCAAAUUUAUACAGGAUUUCGUUCUCGUCUUGGAGGUCGUAUUGCAACUGGUUUUUUUUCUGUUGUUGUUUAUGUUUUGUUACUUAUUUGGUUAUUUACUAUGUUAACAUUAGUUGUACCAUGUAUUGGUUUCUAUAUUCUUAAAUAUCGUUGUGAUGAAGCAUUUGCAACACCGACAACAUCUGGUGUAACAAAUACUGCUCCACCGGUAUUAUGUCUUACACCAGGAACUUAUGGAAUUCCUGUACCAAAACAAAAACCUGAUGUAAAAGUAUGUCAACAACGAUUUUUUGCAUUAUGUGCACUGACAGAAUAUACACCACGAUAUGUUGUAGCUUUAAUUGGUUCAUUUUUUGUUGUUAUGGGUUUGAUUCAUUUUCUUUGUUCUCUUGUUGCUAAUUAUGCUUAUAUAAAAGAUGGUCGAAAAUUAUGCGAUUAUGAAGAUGCAAUUCGUGAAGAAAUGGAAACAUCAAAACUUAAUCGUGGCUAA